ACUCUUGCAGUCAGUCAUCAAUGGCUGGUUCUUCCAAAUCUCCAUAUAAAUAAGUACCCACACACACACAUUCACUAAACAUCACUCUCUGAAACACCAUACCCACCAUUCCAGUCACUCUUCACUUCCGAUCCUUGAUCUGGUUAUUUCCGAAUAAUAAAACAACUGCAAAGUGCAAACGAUGGGUGGUGAACAGGAGAAAUGGGUAUUGAUGGUGACCGCAAGAACACCGACGAACAUAGCGGUGAUUAAGUACUGGGGGAAGAGAGAUGAAACGUUGAUAUUACCGAUCAAUGACAGUAUCAGUGUUACUUUAGAUCCAUCUCACCUGUGUACCACCACCACUGUCUCUGUCAGCCCUAGCUUUGAUCAAGAUCGCAUGUGGUUGAAUGGGAAGGAGAUAUCUCUUCAAGGAGGUAGAUUUCAAAGUUGUCUGAGGGAGAUUCGAGCGCGUGCGCAAGAUGUAGAGGACAAGAAGAAAGGUGUUUGUAUCAAGAAAGAAGAUUGGCAAAAGCUGCAUCUGCAUAUUGCUUCUUACAAUAAUUUUCCAACGGCUGCUGGUUUAGCUUCUUCGGCUGCUGGUCUUGCUUGUCUAGUUUUUUCCCUUGCCAAGCUGAUGAAUCUGAAAGAAGAUAAUAGCCAACUUUCCGCUAUUGCUAGGCAAGGUUCAGGUAGCGCAUGCCGCAGCUUAUAUGGUGGAUUUGUAAAGUGGGACAUGGGAAAAGAGGAUAAUGGAAGUGACAGCCUUGCUAUUCAACUUGCAGAUGAGAAACAUUGGGAUGAACUUGUAAUUAUCAUUGCUGUGGUAAGUGCCCGACAGAAAGAAACCAGUAGCACUUCAGGCAUGCGUGAUACUGUUGAAACUAGUGCACUUAUUCAACAUCGAGCCAAGGAAGUUGUGCCAAAACGCGUAGUUCAAAUGGAAGAGGCCAUACAAAACCGUGAUUUCCCAUCUUUUGCGCGUCUAGCUUGUACAGACAGCAAUCAGUUUCAUGCAGUCUGCCUUGACACUUACCCUCCUAUAUUCUACAUGAAUGACACAUCCCAUAGAAUAAUCAGUUGUGUCGAGAAAUGGAAUCGUGCAGAAGGAACACCUCAGGUGGCAUAUACCUUUGAUGCAGGGCCAAAUGCGGUUAUGAUUGCACGCAACAGGAAAACUGCCGCACUUCUGCUCCAGAGGCUGCUUUACAACUUCCCUCCACAAUCCGAUACUAAUUUAGACAGCUACAUAAUUGGGGACAAGUCUAUACUAAAAGAUGCUGGGAUUAAGGAUAUGAAGGACGUGGAAGCGUUGACCCCGCCUCCAGAAGUCAAAGAUAGCAGCAUUCCACCAGCUCAGAAAUCGAAGGGGGAUGUUAGUUACUUUAUCUGCACGAGACCUGGUGGGGGCCCCGUUGUGCUGUCCGAUGAAACUCAGGCUCUUCUGGACCCACUCACUGGCUUGCCCAAAUAAGAAGUGCAUUUUCAACGUGUUUAUUUCCUUGUGUAUCAUUCGGUUUUCUAAUGCUUUUUCCGGAGCUUUGAGUAUUUUAGAAUGAGAUUUGUAUGGAGUUGUGUGAGAAUACACUUUACCCAUUUUUAGGAUUAUGUACCCAAAACAUGUCAACUGAAUAAUAUGUAUUGAUGAUUUUGAUAAUUUCAACUAGUUGACUAA